CAUGCGCACACACGCUCGUAAGAAGGCCGGGAGUUUGAGGUGGACGAUGGCGGAGCUGGGUGAGGCGGACGAAGCGGAGUUGCAGCGCCUGGUGGCAGCCGAACAGCAGAAAGCGCAGUUCACGGCACAGGUGCAUCACUUCAUGGAGCUAUGCUGGGAUAAAUGUGUGGAGAAGCCAGGGAAUCGCCUAGACUCUCGCACUGAAAACUGCCUCUCUAGCUGUGUGGACCGCUUCAUUGACACUACUCUUGCUAUCACCAGUCGCUUUGCCCAGAUUGUACAGAAAGGAGGGCAAUAGGCCAUCCCUUGGGAGAAUGACAGAAGAAACAAAGGACUUGUUAGAGCAGAUUGAUGGGCCACUGGGGGAAGGUCGUCAGCCCACUGUCAGGUGAACUUGAGGCUGUUACCAAGCCUGUUGGUGCUAAAAAGUCACAGAUCAAAUGUUCAAAAAGUGAAAUUUAUUUAUUUGGAAUUCAGAAAUUCCAUGUUGUAUCACAACAGUUACUCAAUAAAUGUGAAUUCUCCAA